CUGAAAAAAAAUUGUAGAAGCUUGUCACUCCUCAAAGUGUUCGGACGCGCCAAAUUCGAGUUCAGGAAAUGUAUAAAUUUCUUUAAUUUCUAAAUCGUACCUUUAAUUAAAAGAAGAAAAAAAAAACAACAUACGUGAAAAUGGAAAAAAGUGCAAAAUAUGAAAGUGGGCAAAAAGCUUCAUUUUUUGGCGCACGCCAUGUCCAGUGUUUUAUGAUUUUCCUUGGUCUCACUGUCGCCUUCUCGCAACGAGUUAAUUUCUCGGUGGCAAUUGUGGCAAUGACGGAUCGUAAUGCAACAAAUCCAGACUUUGAGGAGUAUUCUUGGACGGAACAAACAAAGUCAUACCUGCUGAGUGGCUUCUUCUGGGGUUAUUUCGUGACACAAAUACCAGGCGGUCAGCUGGCGCAUAAGUAUGGUGGUAAAGUUAUGGUGCUGCUAAGUAUAGCUUCCAGUAGUAUUUUGUGUAUGCUCACACCGCUGGCAGCGCGUUUGGGCGAUUGGAAAUUGGUCUUUGCACUGCGUUUAGCACAAGGUUUGCUGCAGGGUUGCAUUUUCCCCUCAACACACACGUUACUCUCAAAGUGGGUGCCGCCCGAGGAACGUGGCUCGAUUGGUACAUUCUGCUAUACCGGCGUACAAUUCGGCAGCGUCGUAAUAAUGGCGGUCAGUGGUGCUAUAGCCUCGUCGUCAUUUGGUUGGCCAGGUAUUUUCUAUAUUUCCGGUUUAGUAAGUUUGCUAUGGGUUGUUGUAUGGUACUUUGUGGGCGCUAGCACACCUGCUGACUUCAAAUGGAUAUCGGAGGAAGAGAAGUUAUACAUUGAGUCGUCAUUGGUGACAUCUACAAAACCUGAAGAGGAACAUGUACCAACAAAGACGCCUUGGGUUAAGAUACUCACAUCGGUGCCCUUCUUAGUCAUUCUAAUUGCACAAAGCACCUUCGCUUGGGGCUUUUGGACGAUGCUCAUACAGAUUCCUUCAUAUAUGAAGAAUAUACUAAAACAGGAUAUCAAAAGCAAUGCACUCAUGUCGGCGCUACCGUAUCUCGUUAAUAUGUUCUUAACUUUCGGUUUCUGCGGCCUAAAUGAUUUCCUUAUCAAACACAAUUACAUAAACAUACGCACAAGUCGUAAACUUUUCAAUACCAUCGGUUUCUGGGUACCGGUAUUGCCACUCAUAUUUCUGGGUUAUCUGCGCGAAGACCAAAGUAAUUUGGCCGUUGGCUUACUUGUCAUAUUGAUCGGUGUAAAUUCGGCUGCUUACUUGGGCUUCCUGACCAAUCAUAUUGAUUUGUCGCCCAACUUUGCUGGCAUACUAAUGGGUGUGGCUAAUUGUGUGGCGAACUUCAUGGGCGUGGUAGCACCCUUACUGGUGGGCUUCAUCGUCACGGAUUCGAAAAACGCUAAUCAAUGGCGCAUUAUAUUCAAUAUAACCGCUGCUUUUUACUUUGUGGGCAAUCUGUUAUUCAUCAUCUUCGGUCAAGUCAAAAUACAGAAGUGGAAUUACCCCAAGGAGUCACAGGAACAAAGAGAUCACAUCAAAUUCGAGCCCGUCAAUGUGGAGAAAGCAGUAUAUUAAGCCAAGUAUUAUGUAUCUGUUAUAUAUUUCUAGUAUAAUAUUUUGCGAAAUAUUUUCUAGAUUUAUGCACUGUAAAGUGCUGAUGUCAUUAGUUAAUUGUAGUGUUAUAAGUCUUGACUAAGUUGACUCUCAUAGCUUUUAGAAAGUUAUGAUAUAUUGUUUUAAGCUACAAAUCUCAAAGAGUAUUAAAAAUAUAUAUGAAGUUAUUUGUUGAUUUGUCA